AUGGAGGGCCCGGGAAAGUGGACGGUGGAGCAGGACCCGUCAGCUUCAAUGAAGGUUUUUCAGAACCACCAGACUCAGAGCAUGGAGACCACCAGAGAAUCUCAAACCAGCACCCUCACACAGAUGCCCACAUCCACUCUUUCUUACUCCCCAAGAGUACACUCCACUGUUGGAAACACAGAAGAGACAUCAACACCAGGACCUGAAAGUUCUACCCCAGUGACCUCAGCAGUCUCAAUAACAGCUGAACUGGAAGGACAAUCACAAACAACUUCCUCGAGGACCUCUACGCAAGACACAUCAGCUUCUUCUCAGAACCACCAGACUCAGAGCAUAGAGACCACCAGCAAAGCUCAAACUGGCACCCUCACACAGAUGAUAACAUCAACUCUUUCAUCCUCCCCAAGUGUACUGAAUGUGACAGAGACUACUGUUUCUCAAAAGACGUCUCCUGCAGAUGAAAUGACCACAUCAUUUCCCUCCAGUGUCACCAACACGCUCAUGAUGACAUCAAAGACUAUAGCAAUGACAACCUCCACAGACUCCACUCUUGGAAACAUAGAAGAGACAUCAACACCAGGAACUGAAAGUUCUACCCCAGUGAUCUCAGCAGUCUCAAUAACAGCUGAACUGGAAGGACAAUCACACACAACGUCCUCAAGGACUUCUAUCCAGGACACAUCAGCUUCUUCGCAGAACCACCAGACACAGAGCACAGACACCACCAGAGAGUCUCAAACCAGCACUCUUACACAGAGAACCAUCACCCCUUCCUUCUCCCCAAGUGUACACAAUGUGAAAGGGACUAUUUCUCAGAAGACAUUUCCUCCAGGUGAAACAACUACCUCAUCCCUCUUUAGUGUCACAAACACACCCAUGAUGAUAUCAAAGAAGAGAAUAAUGACAACCUCCACAGACUCCACUCUUGGAAACACAGGGGAGACAUCAGUACCUGUUACAAGAAGUCUUAUGCCAGUCACUUCAGCAGCCCCAAUAACAGCUGAGCCAGAAGGACAAUUACCAGCAACUUCCUCAAGGACUUCUACUCAGGACACAACAGAUUCUUUGCAGAACCACCAGACUCAGAGCAUAGAGACCACCAGAGUAUCUCAAAUCAACACCCUCACACCGGUUACAACAUCAACUGUUUUAUCCUCACCAUGAUUCAACCCAAGAACAGUUUCUCAGGAGACAUUCCCUGGUGAAACAACCACCUAUCCCCCUUCCAGUGUCAGCAACACAUUCCUGGUGACAUCAGAGGUGUCUAGAAUGCCCACCUCCAGAGACUCUACUCGAAACACAGAGGAAAUAUCACUACCUGUAAGGGGAACCAUUUCUGCAAUUAUCAGAGUUUCAACCAUAUGGUUGUCAGACACACUGUCAACAGCACUCUCCCCCAGUUCUUUACCUCCAAAAAUAUCCACAACUUUCCACACCCAGCAGAGUGAAGGUGAGAGACCAUAGACGGCCUCAUGAGAGGAGUCUGCCCCAGGUGUGUCUCGCGACAUUUCCUCCACAUGAAACCAUAACAUGCCUUCCUCAUUCUCCAGUGAAGACCGCACAACUCGCCUUCACCAAAAGACUGCCUCAACACCAACAGGCUGCCACAGGCUUGUCACAGGAACCAAUAGUGCCAGGACAGCUGGCACUAUUCCAAGGGUCUCCUGAGGUCUCAACAAUAGGGAUUCAAGACAGCCCACCACACCCUCCCACAGCACAACUCUCUUGAAACAACAGGGAGGUGCCCAGACACAAUGACAAGAAACGGGGACCACUGGAGAGGUUCCUAUCAACAGCCCAAGCUACAGUGUGUGACUAGAUGAUAAAUACAACCCCCAUCUUCUUCACUUCUAAGUGCUGAAUGGACACACAUCACAACAAAUUACAAUGGCACCAUCAACAAAUCAUUCAACAAUACAUUCCACAAACACCUCUCCUCAGGAAUCACUGGCUGUUUCCCAGAGAGGUCACACUCAAGCCCCGCAGACCACACAAGAAUCCCAAACCACAAGGUCCAUCUCCCCUGUGACUGACACCAAGACAGUCACCACCCUAGGCUCUUCCUUCACAGCCAGUGGGCACUCAUCCUCAGAAAUUGCUCCUCAGGACGCACCUACCAUAAGUGCAGCGACAACCUUUGCCCCAGCUCCCACUGGGGAUGGCCUCACACAACUCAGGUUCCCAACCACAGUACUGCAGGCGGCACCCAGCGGUCCUGACUCCACCCUGGCGCCCUCAGGAGGUGCAUCACUUUCCAUAACAGGUGCUCUUCCUGGUGUAGUGUCAACACCAGGGGUCCUAGAAGGACGAUGGACAUCAGCCUCUGCCAGCACCUCACCUGACACAGCAGCAGCCAUGACCCAAACCCACCAGGCUGAAGGCACAGAGGGCCUCUGGAGAAGACAGACCAGUGAACCGGCCUCCUCGGGUCGGGCACCACCAGAGGGCACAGCUACCCUUUCCUCAUCCAGGGCGAGCGGCACAACACCUUCAGGAAGCUUAAGGAAUAUCCAUCACAGAGUGACCACAUGGUUCUCCAACCCCUCCAGGGACAGUCACACAACCCAGUCAACAAUGACCAUAUCUGCCUCAGCCAGUCAUGAUGCUACCCCAGUAAGUACAGGAAUGGUGUCUGCGAUUGUCCCCAGCACCUUCCUGUCACUCUCUGAGGCCUCCACUGCAGGGAGACCGACAGGACACUCAAGCCCAACUUCUCCCAGUGCCUCUCCUCAGGAGACGGCCGCUACUUCCCAGAUGGCGCAGACUCAGAGGACAGGAACCAGCAGAGGGUCUGACACCAUCAGCCUGGUGUCCCAGGUGACCGACACUUUCUCAACAGUCACACCCACACCUCCUUCGAUCACAUCCAGUGGGCUCACAUUUCCACAAACCGAGACCCACGCUCUGUCACCUUCAGGGUCUGGUACAACCUUCAACAUGGCCCUCAUCAGCAACAGCCAUGGCACCCAGACAACAGUGCCAACCUCGUCCACGCACAAGAGUUCUACAAGUCAUGCCACCCCUCUUGCCGCCAGCAGCGCAUCCUCAGCAUCCACAGUAUCCUCGGGCUCCCCUCUGAAGACGGAAACAUCAGGUCCCACAGAGGAGGAGGUGAUGGGUGUGGUGGGUGACAGGCUUACCCCACUCUGCCCCAGUCGAAACUCCGCUCGAUGUCGAGAGUGGUUUGGAGAAGUGACCAGCGGACAGACACGGAGUUUCCAGCUCCUCUUCCAGCUCCUGAUUUCUUUGAAUCUCUUUGACUCUGCUGUUCUCUUACUCCCCAUCCCCACCCCGACCACCAGGCCGGCCACCUCCGCCACUCCCAGCACUGCCACGCACACUCCGCCUCCACAGCUGCUCCCCGUCCCCGUCCCGUCUGAGAAAGGUGAGGAGGCCGUGCAGGUGCGCGCAGCGCGCGGGAGCGCUCUGAUCCCUUUUUCGGCCCUAAAGAAGGCCCAGGCCCCCCCGGACGCCCUGCUCUUCUUUGUCCUGGCCAGGAGCUCUCUCCCCACGGGCCGGUGCCGGGACCUGGGAGUUCGUCAGACCGUGGACUUCAUCCCGCUCUUCAGGCCCGCGACCGCUUCCUCGGCUCCUCGGGCGGCGCGAUUCCUCUACUUCACAGACAAUGGCCAGACUAUCUUCCCACAGUCAGACUACCAGAUUUUCUCCUAUCCCAACCCACUCCCAAGAGGCUUCACAGGCUGGGACCCCGUGGCCCUGGUGGCUCCGCUCUUGGACGAUGACUUCUCCACUGGUCAGGGGACCAUAUUUUAUCAGAGCAACACCUACCAGGCCAUCCUCUCCACAGAUGGGAGCAGGUCCUAUGCCCUGUUUCUCUACCAGAGUGGUGGGAUGCAGUGGGACGUGGCCCAGCGCUCAGGCAACCUCGUGCUCAUGGGCUUCUCCAGUGGAGAUGGCUAUUUCGAAAACAGCCCACUGAUGUCCCAGCCAGUGUGGGAGAAGUAUCGCCCUGAUAGAUUCCUGAAUUCCAGCUCAGGCCUCCGAGGGCUGCAGUUCUACAGGCUACACCGGGAAGAAAGGCCUAACUACCGUCUCGAGUGCCUGCAGUGGUUGAAGAGCCAGCCUCAGUGGCCCAGCUGGGGCUGGAACCAGGUCUCCUGCCCUUGUUCCUGGCAGCAGGGACGAUGGGACUUACGAUUCCAACCUGUCAGCAUAGGUCUCUUGGGCCUCGGCAGCAGGCAGCUCUGCAGCUUCACGUCCUGGCGAGGAGGCGUGUGCUGCAGCUACGGGCCGUGGGGAGAGUUUCGUGAAGGCUGGCAUGUGCAGCAUCCCUGGCAGUUCGCCCCGGAACUGGAACCGCAGAGCUGGUGCUGCCUCUGGAAUGACAAGCCUGACCUCUGUGCCCUGUACCAGCAGAGGCGGCCCCGUGUGGGCUGUGCUACAUACAGACCCCCACGGCCUGCCUGGAUGUUCGGGGACCCCCACAUCACCACCUUGGAUGGUGUCAAUUACACCUUCAAUGGGCUGGGGGACUUCCUGCUGGUCAGGACCCAGGACGGGAACUCCUCCUUCCUGCUGCAGGGCCGCACCGCCCAGACUGGCUCAGCCCAGGCCACCAACUUCAUCGCCUUUGCGGCCCAGUACCGCUCUGGCAGCCUGGGCCCCGUGACGGUCCAAUGGCUCCUUGAGCCUCAUGAUGGAAUCCAUGUCCUGCUGGAUAACCAGACUGUGACAUUUGAGCCUGGCCAUGGAGACGGCGGAGGCCAGGAGACGGUCAACGCCACCGGAGUCGUCCUGAGCCGCAGCGGCUCCGUGGUCUCUGCCAGCUUCGAUGGCUGGGCCGCCGUCUCGGUGGUCGCGCUCUCCGGCAUCCUCCACGCCUCCGCCAGCCUCCCGCCCGAGUACCAGGACCGCACGGAGGGGCUCCUGGGAGUCUGGAAUAACAAUCCGGAGGACGACUUCAGGAUGCCCAAUGGCUCCACCGUUCCCCCAGGGAGCUCCGAGGAGACGCUUUUCCACUACGGAAUGACCUGGCAGAUCAACGGGACAGGCCUCCUUGGCAAGAGGAAUGACCAGCUGCCUUCCAACUUCACCCCUGUUUUCUACUCACAACUGCAAAAAAACAGCUCAUGGGCUGAAGAUUUGAUCUCCAGCUGUAAUGGAGACAGCUCAUGCAUCUAUGACACCCUGGCCCUGCGCAACGCAAGCAUCGGACUUCACACGAGGGCCGUCAGCAAAACCUACAAGCAGGUGAACGCCACCCUCAAUCAGUACCCGCCCUCCAUCAAUGGUGGUCGUGUGAUUGAAGCCUACAAGGGGCAGACCACGCUGAUUCAGUACACCAGCAACGCUGAGGAUGCCACCUUCACACUCAGAGACAGCUGUACUGACUUUAAGCUCUUUGAGAAUGGGACGUUGCUAUGGACACCCAAGUCGUUGGAGCCAUUCACUCUGGAGAUUCUAGCAAGAAGUGCCAAGAUUGGCUUGGCAUCUGCCCUCCAGCCCAGGACUGUGGUCUGCCAUUGCAAUGCAGAGAGCCAGUGUUUGUACAACCAGACCAGCAGGGUGGGCAACUCCUCCCUGGAGAUGGCCGGCUGCAAGUGUGAUGCGGGCACCUUCGGCCGCUACUGCGAGCGCUCCAAGGACGCCUGUGAGGAGCCGUGCUUCCCGAGUGUCCGCUGCAUUCCUGGGAAGGGCUGCGGGGCCUGCCCUCCACACCUGACUGGGGAUGGGCGGCACUGCGCUGCUCUGGGGAGCUCUCUCCUGUGUCGGAACCAGUCCUGCCCUGUGAAUUACUGCUACAAUCAAGGCCGCUGCUACAUCUCCCAGACUCUGGGCUGCCAGCCCACGUGCACCUGCCCCCCGGCCUUCACCGAUAGCCUCUGCUUCCUGGCUGGGAACAACUUCAGUCCAACUGUCCACCUAGAACCUCCCUUAAGAGUCAUCCAGCUCUUGCUCAGUGAAGAGGAAAAUGCCUCCAUGGCAGAGGUCAACGCCUCGGUGGCGUACAUACUGGGGACCCUGGACAUGCGGGCCUUUCUCCGCAACAGCCAAGUGAACCGAAUCGAUUCCCCAGCACCGGCCUCGGGAAGCCCCAUUCAACACUGGAGGGUCAUCUCGGAGUUCCAGUACCGCCCUUGGGGCCCCGUCAUCGACUUCCUGAACAACCAGCUGCUGGCUGCAGUGGUGGAGGCGUUCUUAUACCAGGUUCCACGGAGGAGUGAGGUGUCCAGGAACCACGUGGUCUUCCAGCCCAUCUCCAGGGAAGACGUGUGGGAUGUGACAGCCCUGAACGUGAGCACGCUGAAGGCUUACUUCGAAUGCAAUGGCUACAAGGGCUAUGACCUGGUCUACAGCCCCCAGAACGGCUUCACCUGCGUGUCCCCGUGCAGUAGGGGCUACUGUGACCAUGGAGGCCAGUGCCAGCACCUGCCCAGUGGGCCCCGCUGCAGCUGUGUGUCCUUCUCCAUCUACACGGCCUGGGGAGAGCACUGUGAGCACCUGAGCAUGAAACUCGACGCGUUCUUUGGGAUCUUCUUUGGGUCCCUGGGCGGCCUCUUGCUGCUGGGGGUCGGGGUGUUCGUGGUCCUGCGCUUCUGGAAUUGCUCCAGGACCAGCUUCUCCUAUCUCCUGCGCUCAGCUGAGGCCUCGCCUUGAAGGGACAGCUGUGGCCUAGGCUACCUCAAGACCCACCCCAUCCUCACCGCACACUUAAGGCGCCAUUGCUUUUGGGAGACUGGAAAAGGGAAGGUGACUGAAGGCUGUCAGGAUUCUACAAGGGGAGUGAAUACUGGGACUCAAGACAAGACUAUACCUUAUCCAUAGGUUCAGGUGCACAGGGGGAGGCCAUAAUGACAAGCGUGGAGGGGUCCUCACGCAGACACCCCCACAGAAGGACACUGGCCUGUGCACGCGUGCGUGCACAUACACACACACACACACACACACACUAGAGUUCAUAAUGCAGUGAUGGCCCUAAGUUAAGCAAAAUAAUUCUGCACACAAAACUCUCUGGUUUACUUCGAAUUAAAGUGUAUUUAAUAAAGCUGUCUAACUUUUUGUGUCUUCAAAA